UGGGGUCCCCUUCACGCAUGCGCGUUACAGCAGCCUGUCAAUUCGAAACAAAGCGAGGGAAACAGCUGCAACCGUGACGCCAUGCCGGUCCGUGUGUCAUCGGAGGGGGCGGGGCCAGACGCCCAGGUACCAGCCCACCUGACCAGGAUCCCCAUCUCCCUCAUCACCACCAGCACCGACUGCUCCAACAAAACGGUCAAGGGGAAAGUGGUUCAGAAAUGCCCGCUGGUGUCGUUAGCGUCUGACAACGUCAUCCUGAAGACUGUCAUCCAAGAAGAAGAUCCUCCGCCGAACUCCUCGUCUCACAACCCGUCCAUCAACGUCAUCCUGUUCGGAGAGCUGGCCAAGGACUUCAAUGGAACUGUCAAUCAAGGGGAUGUGGUUGUGGCCUCUGGCUUCACGGUGGGCAAAUCUCCCACAGUUCAUAAGGACAAGCUGCAUCCCUGUAACCUGCUGCUGUCGGGAGACAACGCCUACAUCUAUGUGACCCCCCCGCUUCCCGAUCCCAGAUCCCCGCCGGCCGCCAAGAGGAGCUCUGCGCUCUCUGCUGAGGUUUCCAGGGCGACCAAGGCCCCAAAAUACACGUACGUCCGCCUGGGCGACCUGAAGCCGGGAACUGUAGUCAACGUGUACGGAGUGGUGGUCUUCUUCAAACAGCCGUUCAAGAGCCGUGGCACAGACUUCUGCUCCAGCCUGAAGAUUACCGAUCAGUCCGACCAGAGGGUCGGCUGCACCAUCUUCUGUAAGCUGGAGGACCAUCCCAAAAUCUUCCAAGUUGGAGACAUCAUCCGCUUGCACCGAGUCAAGACACAGUCCUUCAACAACUCCAUGACGCUCAUCACUAGCUUCGGAUUCUCUGUGCUGGUGUUUGACGGAGCGGAGGGCGGAUCCAUGGAGCCGCGGACCUCCAGCCGCUCCUUCCACAUCGACCAGGAGGACCUUCGCACCGUGGAGGAGCUUCGAUCCUGGGCCGCCAACCAGGCUCUCGUCCCCCCUGUUCCCUCGAUCCCUCUGUCUGCCGUAUCGCCCAAAGCUUACUUUGACUUGACGUGCCAGCUGCUGGCCAAAGCUCCCAUCGACACCACCUGCACCCUGCUCAGGGUGUGGGACGGGACCAGGUGUCCUCACACGCUGCUGAAGGUGAUAGUUGAGCGGAGCGUCACAGAAGGACCGACAUCCUUCUCUCAAGAGAGAGAGAGCCUCAUCGCCAACAUCCUCGUCUACGACAACCACACGGAGUUCGCCAGGCAGCUGAAGCCCGGGGACUUCCUGCGGAUCUACAACCUGCGAGCGAUCCCCGGAUCCAGUAAGGUGCCGGGCCUCACCAGCAGUCAGUCUGAGGAGGUGGACCACCUGGCGUUUCACCUGCACGGAGGAACGGCGUACGGCCGGGGGAUCCGGGUUCUUCCUGAGACCAGCCCCGUCGUGCAGGAGCUGAAGAGAGUCAUGGAGGCGUUCCCAGAGGAAGACAAGGACGAGCUGAAUGACUCUGAGAUGUUGGAGAUCUGGAGCACUCCACCUGAGUCUCUAGGUACAAAUGGAUCAGUGGCGUGCAGCACAGAGAGAAGCUGUGGUCACGACACGCACGUGGUGACGCUGUCCGAGGUGAAGCGGUCGGAUCCGGGUCGGGUUCACCACGUCAGAGUCCAGCUGAGAUCCUACGAGCCCCGCAAACUCCACCAGGCUCUGAAACUCUACUGCAGCAAGUGUAAAUCAAUGCAGGAGGUCCCAGAUGAUGAACUUGUGUCAGGUCUCUUCUCUGAGGCGUCCAAGGACUCUGGACCCUGCAGUCCCCCGCCGUGGGCGCUCUCUGGGCAGGUCGAUGUCCCUGGGGUGUCCUCAGGAUCCCCCAAACGAACACUGACUGUUCACAUGUCCACCCAGCUCAUGUCUGAGAACAAAAGCAAAGAGCUCAUCUUCCUCAUGGGUUCGACUCUGGAGGAAACGUGUCGGCUCGCCGCCGGCUACCAGAACAUCGUGCCUGUGAGGUCAUCGGCAGGUCACCUCGCUCUGCUCGACCUGUCGGCACCUUUCCUGUUCAGAGGCAGGAAGACGUACUACGGGUGUAAGCAUUGCUCCGAGGCUGCAGUGAGGGAGCCUUGGGCUGAAGGAGUCGAAUUAAUUGAUGAGAAGAUCGUAGCAGAAGCUCUGGGCGUUCAGCUGCUGCAGUUCGUCCUGCUGAUGAAGCUCCAGCUGCAGGACGCCACCGACACGCUGGACGUCUUCCUGUGGAGAGACGCUGAGGCGUUCUUUGGCGUGUCGGCAGAGGACGUAGCAGCCAAUCAGGAGGCUCAAAACAGCAUUCACCAAACAAUGGAAGCCCUCUGUCCAGCCGAGGGCAGCACCGGUGGACAUCCGUGGAUGGAUUUGUGUCUGACGGCGUACCGAGCAGAGGACGACGAGGGACAGAUCCAAACCUGCUACCAGAUCUGCCACAGCACCGUCACCAAACCCUUCUCCACACAGUCCAACGCCAACCCCGCCUGAACCCCCGACAGGUCAACGGCCAUCUGCAGUGUUCAGUGUUCCUGCAGAAGACAACAGUUGUUACCUGGUAUUGUUAAGGUUAUUUUGUGGUUUUUAAUUGUAUUUAU